ACCAUGAAUCCUUCCUCUACAAAGGUCUCCUGGGCCACCGUGACGUUGCUGCUCCUGCUCCUGUUGCUGCCGCCAGCGCUGCUGUCACCCGGGGCGGCCGCGCAGCCCCUGCCCGACUGCUGCCGUCAGAAGACGUGCUCCUGCCGUCUCUACGAGCUGCUGCACGGCGCGGGCAAUCACGCGGCCGGCAUCCUCACGCUGGGCAAGCGGCGGCCCGGGCCCCCGGGCCUCCAGGGCCGGCUGCAGCGCCUCCUGCAGGCCAGCGGCAACCACGCUGCCGGCAUCCUGACCAUGGGCCGCCGCGCAGGCGCAGAGCCAGCGCUGCGUCCCUGCUCCGGCCGCCGGUGUCCCUCUGAGGCCGCCUCAUCCGUGGCACCUGGGGGACGGUCCGGGGUCUGA